AUGGCAGACGAUGAACAUAUGGAGUCGACCGAUAGUGGUCAUUCGAUUAUCAUAGCCACAGUGGCAAUGCUGCUGGUGCCGCUGGUGUUCAUGUUGAAGAAACUCCUGUUUCCAAACUUUGAUCCUCGUGAACCUCCAGUGCUCCGUCCAAAACUGCCAGUGUUCGGCCACAUCGUCUCUCUUGUCAGAGAAUCGGGUAGCUUCUAUGCCAGAUUAUACAAGGAGAAUAGAAUGCCGAUUUGCACACUGCCAAUGUUGCAUGGCAAGAUGUAUGUGGCAAACUCGCCCUCUCUGAUCGCAGCGGCUAUGCGCCACGGAGACAUCUCCUCGAUGCCUUUCCAGAUCGAGGCUUCGUCGGCCGUGCUGGAUCUUCCAAAGCAUCACAUAGGCGCCAUUAUGCAGCCAGCAAUCUUGCAUCAGCUCGAGCAAACGAUGGCGGCAAAUCUACGCCAGGACGCACUGCAGAAGAUUAAUCAUGCUUCUCUGGGAUACUUGGCGGGGGUGUUGAACACAAUUAAUCCCACAAGCCCACUCGAAGAGUCUGAUGGAUUCGAAUGGAUCAAGGGUGCCUUGACCAUGGCCACUGCAACUGCUCUGUACGGGAAAGACAAUAUGUGGACCGCUGAGAUGUUUGAGGACCUUUGGACAUUUGAGAAGGGUGUAGCGCUCUUGGCGAUGAAGGUCGCACCGAACCUCCUUGCACCAAAAGCUAUCGCUGCCCGACAGAGGUUGAGUGGCCUUGUCCGACCUUUCUACCAGGCACGAAAGGAUGAGAACUCGGAUGUGGCGAAAAUUCUUCAAGACCGAGCUAGGUAUCUACGUGAGCUGGGGAUGCCAUCCGAAGACCUUUCUCAGACUGAAUUUGUAAUUUUCGUUGCUGCGACGUUGAAUACGGCAUCGAGCAUGUUCUGGACAUUUGCCGAAGUUUUCUCCAGGCCAGAUUACAUUGAGCGUGUCCGGCAGGAAGUUCUACAGGUUGUCGUGGAAACCAAAAGCGAGACAAGACGAUAUGUGACAAUCAAUGCCAAAAGCCUGGAAGCAGACUGUCCUUUCCUGGGCGCUUGCUUCCGCGAGGUUUUGAGGCUUCACAGUGCCCAGGUAGGAUAUCGACGUGUUAUGAAAGAUACGAUGCUGGAAGACACGGAUGGCCGUCAAUAUCUGUUGAAGGAGGGCACCAAUAUGCAGUGGUCGGCAAGCGUCACGCAUUUCAUGCCGGAGAUUUGGGGCGACGAUGCCGUCUCUUUCAAGCCGGAGCGAUUCCUUGACGUUGAUCCUCGGGAUGAGAAACGGAGACGUGGGGCAUUGAUCCCGUUCGGCGGCGGCCGUUAUCUGUGCCCCGGCCGUCACUUUGCCCGAACGGAGACCCUCGGGUUCGUUAGCGCGUUAGCUCUUGGGUUUGACGUGGACGGCGUGAAGGUUCCUGCGGCGGAAGCUCCGCCUCUAGGUGGAGCGACGAGACGACCGGCGGGUAAUCGGGCGGCCGAGGAUAUCAAAGUCUCGCGGCGAGAGGGUUGGGAAGACGUGACGUGGAGAUUCGUAUGCUAG